AUGUUGUCUUGGGUACAGGAGGCGAUGAAAAUGAAUCCGUUCGGGUCGCCUUUCACGACCGCCAAGUGUCAAGGCCUGGACGACGGCGGCGUGCGGUCGCUGAUACCGAACCGGAACAUCGUGGCUGCCGCUGUCGAGGAAGGUGACAGUUGCGAAUUUGGAUCCAACCAUUACUUCUUACUAUGUGGUCUCGGAGGGGUUUUGUCCUGUGGUAUCACUCACACCAUGAUCACCCCCUUAGAUUUAGUCAAAUGUCGAAUCCAAGUGGACUCCAAAAAAUACAAAUCUGUGUUUCAUGGAUUUCGUAUUACACACGCCGAAGAUGGCACCCGCGGAUUGGUAAGAGGCUGGGCGCCCACCUUCUUCGGCUAUUCCAUUCAAGGAAUGUUCAAAUUUGGACUCUAUGAAGUUUUUAAAGUUUACUACGCGGCGUUAGCCGGCGAAGAGCUAUCUUACGAAUACAGAACUACUCUGUAUUUGAUAUCGUCGGCCUCCGCGGAAUUCUUCGCGGACAUCGGUCUAGCGCCGUUUGAAGCUGCUAAGGUCAGGAUACAAACUAUGCCAGGAUACGCCAACACUCUGCGGGAGGCAUUGCCGAAGAUGUAUGCAGAUGAGGGCAUGACUGGCUUCUACAAGGGCCUGGUGCCACUCUGGUUGCGCCAAAUUCCAUAUACAAUGAUGAAGUUUGCUUGCUUUGAGCGCACGGUCGAACUUCUAUAUAAACAUGUAGUACCCAAACCUAGGCAAGAGUGCAGUAAAGCCGAACAGUUGGUAGUUACUUUCGCAGCUGGAUACAUCGCUGGUGUGUUCUGCGCUAUUGUGUCUCACCCCGCCGACUCGGUAGUAUCCAAGUUGAAUCAAGAGAAAGGUGCGUCCGCGGGCGAAGUUCUGAAGAAGCUAGGCUUCUAUGGCGUCUGGAAAGGUCUAGGACCGAGGAUCGUCAUGAUCGGUACCCUUACCGCGGCGCAAUGGUUUAUCUAUGAUGCCGUGAAGGUCUGGCUGCGCAUGCCUCGUCCGCCACCACCCGAAAUGCCGGAAUCUCUCAAGAAGAAGUACGGCCUGGCGUAAACGCGACACGGCUUCGUCGAGUUUGUUCCACCGAUCGGACUUUUGUCGCUCGGUUAGAAAAGGAAACGUAAAAAAGUAUUUUUAAUUACCUUCAUACCGCAAGUAUGACAUUAUUAAAUGAUGUCUCGCGAUUUUGUUUUUUUUUUGAGUAUUUAUUCUGCAAUAUGAUACACACCAUCAAUGAGGGGCGACACUGCCGCAGAAUUAGAAAACAAAAAGGAAACUAUUGUGUCUUAUGAAUAGACAUAUAGGGAUAUUAUUGCCAGCUAUAAUUCAAAGACACAAUAAAACUAAUUUAAUUCAGCGAUGACGGUUACUUAGGGUAACCUGGAACUGUUACCUUGUACAUAGGGUGAUCACUGUAAAUAAACAGACCGAUUACUCGAUUA